UGGAGACUGGAGGGCGGCCGGCUGGCUCGCUGGUUGGCCGGGCAUCGGGCGCAGAAAGCGGGCUCCGGCGAGCCCGGCGAGGGCCUGGCAUCGGCCCGGGAAACGCCCGCUGUGUUCUUUGGCUGGGGGCUUCGGAGCGGAGCUAUCGCGGCGCCCAAGGCGGAGGAAGCAUGUCGGUGGCGGGGCUGAAGAAACAGUUCCAUAAGGCCAGCCAGCUCUUCAGUGAAAAGAUCAGUGGAGCUGAAGGAACCAAGCUAGAUGAAGAUUUUCAAGAGAUGGAAAGGAAAAUUGAUGUCACCAACAAAGCUGUGGCAGAACUUCUGUCAAAAGCCACGGAAUAUCUCCAACCUAAUCCAGCCUACAGAGCUAGACUGGGCAUGCUGAACACUGUGUCCAAGAUCCGAGGACAGGUUAAAACCACGGGGUACCCACAGACAGAAGGCCUCCUUGGGGACUGCAUGCUGCGAUACGGGAGAGAUCUCGGAGAGGACUCCACAUUUGGACCGGCGCUGAUCGAUGCAGGCGAGAGCAUGAAGCAGAUGGCCGAAGUGAAAGACUCCCUGGACAUCAGCGUCAAGCAGAACUUCAUCGACCCUCUACAGCUGCUGCAGGACAAAGAUCUGAAGGAGAUCGGGCACCAUCUGAAGAAACUAGAAGGCCGCCGUUUAGAUUACGAUUACAAAAAGAAGCGGCUAGGGAAGAUACCAGAUGAGGAGGUUAAACAAGCUGUGGAAAAGUUUGAAGAGUCCAAAGAAUUGGCAGAGAGAAGCAUGUUCAACUUUUUAGAGAAUGACGUAGAGCAAGUUAGCCAGUUGCUGGUCUUAGUAGAAGCUGCACUGGACUAUCACAAGCAGUCCACAGCCAUUUUAGAGGACCUGCAAAGCAAGCUACAAAACCGGAUAAACAUAGCGUCAAGUCGUCCUAAACUUGAAUACAAGCCAAAGCCUGUGCUAAGGGCACCUCUUGAAAUAAGCAACGGUCAACAGCACAAUGGAAUUUCAUUCAGUCCAUCAGUAAAAUCAUCGGGUUCUUCAUUGCACAUGGACCAGCCUUGCUGCCAAGCACUGUAUGACUUUGAGCCGGAAAACGAAGGUGAGCUUGGCUUCAAGGAAGGGGACAUCAUCACGCUGACCAACCAGAUCGAUGAGAACUGGUACGAAGGCAUGUUGAGCGGCGAAUCGGGCUUCUUCCCCAUCAAUUACGUUGAAGUGGUGGUGCCUCUACCUCAGUGAGCAUGUCGUGUCAUUUUCACCACCGAUGCCAUUUUGGGGCCAAGGCAGUGUCUUCUUCACCCAAAGUGGUCUUUCAUUUGUACGCUGCUCUGAAAGCCUUGCUUCUUUAGACCAACUGACUGACUUUUUGGUAUGCGUCUUUUACAAAUGUAUUUAUUUUGUAUCCAUCUAGUUUGUACAUAUAUACAAAUAUAUUAUAUACAAAGCCCUUCCCUUUUGUUAAAUGAAAUUACACAAAACUCUAUAUAUGGCCUGGCCUUGCCUUGUGCCUUGA